ACUAGCUGACAGUUCACAUUAUGUGCUCAUUUGUGGUGAUUCGUAAACAAAAAACAUACCACUCGUGGGUGAAUUGUAUUUCUGGUGUUGUGAACCAGCUGGUGGCGCAAAUAUUAUACUCCAUCCCGAUUGAAAUUGAGAGUCAUGAACUUCCUGCGCCAAACGUUCAAUAUCACCAAGACUCUCGCAAAUGAAGCCUUCUCAUCGUUCCUGCAGCGAGCCGAGAAGUCCACGCUGAACCGGAUGCAUCGCACCGGGCCACUCAUAAAGAUACGUCCCCCGAGACAGCCACUGGACGGGAAACCUUUCGCCAAAGGUGUUGUGCUGAAGACGCUAAUCAAAAAACCUAAGAAACCCAAUUCGGCCAACCGCAAGUGUGUACUGGUGCGGCUUAGUACCGGCAAGGAGCUGGUGGCAUACGUCCCGGGUAUUGGCCAUAAUCUGCAGGAGCACAACAUUGUGCUGGUGCGAGUCGGGCGGAUGCAGGAUUUGCCCGGUGUCAAGAUUAAAUGUGUCCGCGGAGUGUACGAUUUGCCGCACGUGAUGAAGCAGAAGUGAGAGAUCCCCGAGAAGAUGAUAAGCUGCUAAUCUUUAAUAAAGAAGAGUGAAGGUGUCGAAGAAAUAA